UGGUUGACAAAGAUUGGUGCUAUUGGUGGUACAUAGACGCAAUGAGGAUGACAAGAAAGCUACUGCUUUGAAAGAGGAAGAAAGUGAGCUGGAGGAACUGGGGUACCUUCAUUGAGCUGAGAGGGGUCUAAAAAUUGGGAUUCAUUUCUGAGCAGCUGCUGGCAUGUCAGAGGCUUGGAAUCGGCCUGGUAAAUCUAAAACUGUCUCAGCAGUGGUUAGCUGACCUCACCCAAGUUCCAAGCCUUACUCUGCUUGAUCCUUUUUUCUUGAGCCUCAGAGCUAAAAUGCUCCUGAGCUCCUUCUGAUUGGUUGAGAAGACCAAUUGAAGUUCCCUUGCCCAUGUUAGGAGGUGUACGCCUCCUGAACUAAAGAUAGAAACAGCUGGCCUUCCAGGCAGCUAAAAGCCUCCAGACUAAGAGGUGUUUCCCACUCGUCAGCCAGACUCCUUGAAAUACGCUUUGAGUAAUUCUACCAACGUCCUCCAUGUCUCUAUUCUGCCAUAACAAAGGCUGUGGGCAGCACUUUGACCCCAAUGCAAACCUUCCUGAUUCCUGUUGCCAUCACCCUGGGGUCCCAAUCUUCCAUGAUGCACUUAAGGUGAGGAGUAGCAAGGGGGGACAGUAAGAACAUUUCCCAAAGGAAAUCUACCCGGGAAUCUGAGCUGCGCUGGGUCUUUCGUUAUCAGGGUUGGUCCUGCUGCCGGAAGCGAACUGCAGAUUUCUCUGAGUUCUUAAACAUCAAGGGCUGUACUGUGGGACCACACUGUGCUGAGAAGCUCCCUGAGGCCCCUCAACCUGAGGGGCCUGCCACAAGCAGUUCACUUCAGGAGCAAAAACCUCUGAAUACAAUUCCAAAGUCAGCAGAGACUUUGCGUCGGGAGAGGCCCAAGUAAAGAGGAGGAGGUCCCUGGGUUUUUCCUACAUUUCUGGAGCUUCCUAGAAGUCAGAGUUACCUCCAAAGCUGCUUCCGCUAAAUAUAUCCCAAGCCCUGGAAAUGGCAUUGGAACAGAAGGAAUUAGACCAAGAACCUGGAGCAGGACUUGACAGUAGUCUGAUCCAGAGUGGUUCCAGCUGCCAGAAUCCAGGAUGUGAUGCUGUUUACCAAAGCCCUGAGAGUGAUGCUACUCCAUGUACCUACCACCCAGGAGCACCUCGAUUCCAUGAGGGGAUGAAGUCCUGGAGCUGCUGUGGCAUCCAGACCCUGGAUUUUGGGGCAUUCCUGGCACAGCCAGGAUGCAGAGUUGGUAGGCAUGACUGGGGGAAGCAGCUGCCAGCAUCUUGCCGUCAUGAUUGGCACCAGACAGAUUCCUUAGUAGUGGUGACUGUGUAUGGCCAGAUUCCACUUCCUGCGUUCAAUUGGGUGAAGGCCAGUCAAACUGAGCUUCAUGUCCACAUUGUCUUUGAUGGUAACCGUGUGUUCAAAGCACAGAUGAAGCUCUGGGGGGUCAUAAACGUGGAGCAGAGCUCUGUCUCCUUGAUGCCAUCUCGGGUUGAAAUCUCCUUGGUCAAGGCUGACCCAGGAUCCUGGGCCCAGCUGGAGCACCCUGAUGCACUAGCUGAGAAGGCUAAGGCAGGGACUGGGUUAGAGAUGGAUGAGGAAGAAUCGGAGGAUUCAGAUGAUGAUCUGAGCUGGACAGAGGAGGAGGAGGAGGAGGAAGCGAUGGGGGAAUAGUGACACCAGUCAACUAUCUAGAUAGGACCUCAGUGGUUCCCUUAGAAUGUCAGAGACCAGGAUAUGGUUGACCAUGUCCUGUUGUUAUUGAGCAGCAGCAGGCUGAAGGAGGGGAGAACAAAAGUGUCCAAACCGUGCUGUUUUUUCCCUUAAAUAAAUCUCGUAUUCUGCAGUUUCA